CAUUUGGAGUUGUAUCCGUGCUGGUCAUGCCGACUUCCGUGCGAGGUGCUGUACUUGUGGCCUCUAUCGUUGUUGCCGUUCAUGUCGCUGAAUCCUUUGUAGGCGGUUUCUGGUCUUCUUUCGGAGUGUCCCGCGCAAAAACGGGGGACCGAAUGACUUCCCGUUCGGCGACCUUGAUUGCAAAGCCGCCCACACCGACGGAUACAGAGGUCGACUAUAGGAAGUCGCCCUUUGCUCAGUGUUUGGUGGAGUUCAACAAGCCCGACGGAUCCCUCCACGGGGAGUCCUGGCUGUUUCAUAUGGAUGCAGCCUUUGAAGACACGCGGAGGGCUGAGAAGAAGCCGAGUUUCCCUCGACUAUUGAAGAAGAGUUCCUACAUUUGGGGCCGCGACACCAACGUCAGGUGUGUGCCCUUGGAUUCCUUGAGUGGUGUGGGUGGCAAUUGUUUGGAAUGCGUUCGCCUCUUUGUUGGGGGCACCUAUGGUGGUGGUGUUAUUGUUCCGGCCGUGGACUACCAACAGCCAAACAAGACCAGCUGGCAGCCCUCUGAGUGUCUCCAGCUGCGGGUCUUUGGACAACCUCCGGUGGGCGAUGAUAUCACCUUUAGUGAAACCGGUGGUGGAAGUGCUCCCGGUCACGAGCAACGCAUGAGCACCUUCUGUCGUGUUGCGAGUUUUCCUCACUUGGGAUGAAGGGCGAUUUUCAUCCAUGGAAACGAUCGAUUUUCG